AUGGCACCAUUUGAGACGGACAUGAGAAGCAGCGUCUUGCAAUUCCUUCUCUUCUUGGGGGCCUUCGGCAAACCUGCGGCCUCACAAAUCGCAAGAAAGGUCGCUGACAUUCGGAGGUUGGCAGACAUCUGCGGUCGGCCAAGUACAAAUACGCCGACACGGAAAUACGUUGACUCUCACCGGUGUGGAACUGAGCCCUCCCACAGAGACGCAUUGAUGCCAACCACUGAAGGGGCAAGAUGGGAAAGUUCAAAGGGGAUGGCAGCCUCACGGUGGGCAUCUUAUAAAAGUAACUGUGGCAUCGCAAUGUCGGUGACACAAGUGGAACGCUUGUUCAGCCACAUAUCGGUCCAGUCGCCUCCCAAAUCGAGGACAAGUGCCCCUUUCAAGUCUUCGUGUCUCACAAAGUCCUCGAAUGCUGCCAACAGAGAGAUCCACAAUGAGAUAUCGGAGGUGAUGUCUGGGGCGAGACAUCCAGAGGCGAAUGAGCUGUCGAAUGGAGCCGGCAGAACAGAGUGGAGAGUGUUAGCAAGAUAUCAGGCCCUGGCAAACGGCCCGCGAGGCGUGAAACGAGGGGACGACUGCAUGGGGCUUACAGAAGUCGUUGACUGGGAUUUAAAGCAAUAG